UAAUGAGGGGUUUAAGUGGUGUAAGCGUCGGAUCAACGGCUCAAUUGUCCAAAACAUUUACCGAAGAAGACGUGAAAGUGUUUGCGAGACUUACCGUAAUGAGGGGUUUAAGUGGUGUAAGCGUCGGAUCAACGGCUCAAUUGUCCAAAACAUUUACCGAAGAAGACGUGAAAGUGUUUGCGAGACUUACCGGUGAUUACAAUCCCAUUCAUUUGGACCAUAAGUUUUGCUCCGAAACUCACUUUUCCAGACCUAUAGUUCACGGAAUGCUUACUAAUGGUUUAGUGUCGGCAGUGUUUGGGACAGUACUUCCCGGUCCGGGAGCUGUUGUGGUCAACCAAACCAUUAACUUUACAAAACCUCUAUACAUCGGGGAAGAAGUUUGCGCUAAAAUCACUGUCGUUAACAUUAGGAAGCGAUUCAUUGAUUGCAAAUAUGUUUGCUUCACAACUGAUGGAAAAAAUAUAAUGGACGGAACGGCG